GCACUCGGGGCUGACUUUUGGAGUGUGUAUUGUUGCGUUGGGCCCGGGAUAGUUUGAGCUAGAGCUAUCUAUCGGGGGUGUUAUCGAGUUGCGGUUCGGUCUCGGCUGACAAUUUAUGCCGUGGUUAGAUUGUUGAUCACGCUCUCUUCAUUGUUCCUUGUCUCGCUCGUUUUUCUUGUGUGUCAGACUUCCUCCAUUUGUGCCAGAGAUUGAGAGACAGAUAGUGAGAGAGUGAGAGAGGAGCAAAGGGAUCACGGAUUGGUGGUGGAGGCCGUGGAGGUUUUUGUUGCCUGCUCUAGGAACCGGCUGCGCGGCCUAUAUUUGUCGUUUAGGGUAUGUGUGUUUUUGGUGCUGGAGAGGUGAGUUUUCUGGGAGUGGUCGUGAUCGCCUUCUUAUCAGUGUGGACUGAGUGUCAGGAUAACUAAGCUACGCGUCUGCGUCGUGUGAUUGUGAAGCCGCUCUCAGGUGGGAUAAGCUCUGGCCUGCGCGCGUUUGGCCGCGGCAGGGGUCGGGUUUCCCUCGUAUCGGCCCAUGGUUUUUUCCGUCUGUCUUACUGCUGUGGUGCGGAGGUAUCAUCUUCGCUGGGGCUUGGGAAGACGCGGAUUGGUCUUGCAGCAGUUGUAGAUUAUUGCGGUGUGGUGAAGUUCCGGUAACGACUGACCGUUUAAUAGAUCCAGCGGCGGACCUGGAAAUCAUCAGCAGCCAGGCUCCCUUAACAUUCAUUUGUCAUCAUGCCGCGGAGACGCAAGACCCCGCGAGAACUUGAGGAGAGUGACCGAGCUCAGGCUUUAGUGGAAGCCCAGAAUUCGGCGCCAGCUGAAGCAGGAGAAACAGAGGGAUCAGCACCCUCAGCUCGCUCAUCGGCACCUGGUUUGAAGCGGACUCCCGCUUCUGCUUCGGGUCCAUCAGGGUCUGCAGCUCCGUCUCCGGGUCCUGUCGCAUUACCAGUGCCUGUACAAAAUGCCGAUCCUCAGCCUGCGGAAAGACAAGGCCAUGGUCAAGCCCACUCUCAGAAUGUAGGAGAGGGAGGACAAGGCCAAUGUUCGGUUCAACCUCAGGGGCAAGGACAAGAGUCUGGUCAAGGACAAGGAUCGGGGCAAGGACGCGAUGAAUCCAGUAGCGGUGGACCUCCUGGGCGUGGGAGGGGUAUGUGUGGAGGCGAGCGAGGUUCUGGAAGGAGAGGUGGUAGGGGCCGUUUUAAUCAGGGCCCACCACACAGCACACUCCACCAAAAUGUUCCUGGCUCUUUUAGUCCUCAUCGUGAACAAUAUCGUGGCCAGAAUGGGCAUGACUAUUACGAAAUGCAAAAUCAGGGUUACAGCUCUCCUAUGUAUGGAAGGCCCUCCAGACCUUUCCAGCAACCGAUUCCUCCAGCACCCAGACCUCUGCCCCAAGGGGGAAGAGGCCCUUCGUACCCAGGGCAAGCAUAUGGACGUGGCGGAGGUCCUCCUGCUCAUUUUUCUGCAUCACCUCCAAGUUACGGACCAGGUGUAGGUGCAGUUGUUGAGCAGUUUGGGUCGGUGGUUUUGGGUGGUGUGGGGCAUAGUUCCAAUGUUGGCCAAAUUUCAGAACCCCAUGUUUCUAAAUAUGAACAGCCAUCCACACCUCCACCAAUUUCUAGUAAACAGCUGAGGUUUCCUUUGCGUCCUGACAGAGGAAGGAUUGGCCAAUGGUGUAUCGUGAAAGCAAAUCAUUUCUUUGCCGAGCCACCUGACAAAGAUCUGCAUCAAUAUGAUGUUACAAUCACCCCAGAGGUUCCAUCCAGAGGUAUCAACAGAGCCGUCAUGGAGCAGCUUGUUAAACUUUACAGAGAGUCUCACUUGGGCACUAGGCUUCCUGCUUACGAUGGUAGGAAGAGUCUGUAUACGGCUGGACCCCUUCCAUUUCAGAGCAAGGAAUUCGAGAUCAGACUCUUGGACGAGGAUGAUGGGACCAACCAACCUAGACGGGAGAGGCCCUUCAAAGUUGUAAUUAAAUUUGCUGCCCGAGCAGAUUUGGAUCAUCUCAGACGAUUUCUUCUUGGGCGCCAAGCUGAUGCUCCUCAAGAAGUCCUACAAGUCUUAGAUAUUGUAUUGAGGGAGCUUCCUACCCAUCGGUAUUCUCCUGUAGGACGCUCUUUUUAUUCUCCCAAUCUGGGAACUCGACAGCCGCUAGGAGAUGGUCUGGAAAGCUGGCGGGGCUUCUAUCAAAGUAUUCGACCAACUCAAAUGGGGCUGUCCCUAAACAUUGACAUGUCUUCCACAGCGUUCAUAGAACCCAAGACUGUGAUGGAGUUUAUAGGGGAUCUCCUCAACAAGGACGUGACACGUGGUCUAUCCGAUGCUGAUCGCAUGAAGAUCAAGAAAGCUCUUCGUGGAGUUAAAGUGGAAGUGACUCAUCGCGGAAGUAUGCGUCGCAAGUACCGCAUAUCUGGGCUUACAAAUCAGGCCACCAAUGAAUUGGAGUUCCCAGUUGAUGAUAAUGGUACCUUGAAGUCUGUUACCGACUAUUUUCGGGAGACGUAUGGCUAUGUUAUCCGGCAUCCAUCUUUGCCUUGCCUCCAAGUAGGGAAUGCUCAGCGUCCCAACUAUCUUCCCAUGGAAGUCUGCAAGAUCGUUGAGGGCCAGCGGUACUCCAAACGGCUGAAUGAGCGCCAAAUCACCGCACUUCUUAAAGUUACUUGUCAGCGACCACGAGACAGAGAACACGCCAUUAUGAAUACGGUACACCAUAAUGCAUACCAUCAAGAUCCUUAUGCUCAAGAAUUCGGAAUUAGAAUCAGUAAUGAACUUGCGCAAGUAGAGGCUCGAGUCCUUCCAGCUCCACGGCUCAAGUACCAUGACACUGGCAGGGAAAAAGAAUGUCUUCCACAAGUUGGACAAUGGAACAUGAUGAACAAGAAAAUGGUUAAUGGUGGAAUCGUCAACAACUGGGCAUGCAUCAAUUUUUCACGCAAUGUCCAGGAAAAUGUUGCUAAGAGUUUCUGUCAAGAGCUGGCUCAGAUGUGUCAGACAUCUGGAAUGCAAUUUACUAGGGACCCCGUAGUGCCUCUUCAAUAUUAUCACCCUGAUAACUAUGACCGAGCUUUGAUUCAUCUAUGUGAUGACGUGUAUAAAAAGACGAAGGGCAAGAGCUUGGAUCUCCUCAUAGCUAUUCUACCAGACAACAACGGGCCUUUAUAUGGUGAUCUGAAGAAGCAAUGUGAGACUGUCCUGGGAGUGGUUUCACAAUGUUGUUUGACUAAGCAUGUCUUCAAGAUGAGCAAGCAGUAUUUAGCAAAUGUGGCCCUCAAAAUUAAUGUGAAGGUCGGAGGUCGGAAUACUGUUUUGGUAGAUGCACUUUCACGCAAGAUCCCUCUUGUCAGUGAUAUUCCCACUAUAAUAUUUGGUGCAGAUGUUACCCACCCUCACCCUGGAGAGGAUUUCAGUCCUUCCAUAGCUGCAGUGGUAGCUUCGCAGGAUUGGCCUGAGGUCACUAAAUAUGCCGGAUUGGUGUGCGCUCAAGCUCACCGUCAGGAGUUGAUUCAGGAUCUGUACAAAGAGUGGAAGGAUCCUCAGAAAGGCUUGAUGACAGGAGGGAUGAUCAAGGAGCUCCUGAUCUCUUUCUGGCGCGCAACAGGUCAAAAGCCUCUUCGCAUCAUUUUUUACAGGGAUGGAGUUAGUGAAGGGCAGUUUUAUCAGGUGCUUCUGUUCGAGCUGGACGCAAUCAGGAAAGCUUGCGCUUCCCUUGAACCGGAUUACCAGCCUCCAGUCACGUUUGUGGUUGUGCAGAAGAGGCACCACACUCGAUUAUUUGCCAACAAUCACAAUGAUAAUCGCUCUACGGAUAGAAGUGGCAACAUUUUACCAGGGACUGUUGUGGACUCGAAGAUUUGUCACCCUACGGAGUUUGACUUUUAUCUUUGCAGUCAUGCUGGAAUUCAGGGGACUAGUCGACCUGCACAUUAUCAUGUACUAUGGGAUGAAAAUAAAUUUUCUGCGGACAGUUUGCAGUCGUUGACAAACAAUCUUUGCUAUACGUAUGCACGGUGCACACGUUCAGUAUCUAUUGUUCCUCCGGCUUAUUAUGCGCAUUUGGCUGCUUUCCGAGCGCGCUUCUACAUGGAUCCAGAAGCUUCCGAUACUGGAUCUCUAACUAGUGGGAUGGGAGGGGCUAAUCGGAGCCAGUACACUGGAUCAGCAACAUCUCGUACCAAUCGUGUGGUGGGAGGAAAUGCUGUGCGUCCACUUCCUCCUCUGAAGGAGAACGUGAAGAGAGUCAUGUUCUACUGUUAAUGUUAAUUUGGGAUACCUACGAUAUCACGCUGUGGUAACUUGCUCGAAUAUCCCCUCAUAUUGGAUGUAUGUAUCAUUAUGUUCAAUUAUGAUAUCUUGACUUGAGCAGUCAAGAUCGACAUCAUGCUUCAAGGAAUUAGGAAGGUAGGGUGCACUGAUUGGCAAUGUGGAGAAUCUUUCUCUGCUAUUGCAUGUGGUAACAGCGGAGUUUGGUUUGUCUUGUAUUGGGUUUGAAGUUGGAUGUUACAAGCCGGAUUAUAAUUUUAGUGACAAAGCAGUGUUUGGGAGUCAAUUUUGUUUUCACUUUGUGUCUAUCAUUGCCAAUACCAAUGAUACGAUCAAUCUGUGAAUCUUGAAGUUUUCUUGCUUAGUGUUUAAACAGAAUUGAAACCUAUAUUAGUGGUUUCAAGUAUUGGAAAACUUCGCAAAAGCUGCUCUAAAGCUUAGUCUUGAUAAUAUUGUUUUGUGUUGGUUUUGGAAAUUAA